AUGGACCACGAGGCAGUCAUCCAGAGCCUCCGCGACGAGCGGGACAGAAUCCGUCAGCAACUCAGAACGGCUGAAGGGCAACUCGCUGAGGCCAACAGGACUGUUCUUCGCUUGACCGACGAAAAUGAGAACCUACAGAAGCUCGCCAAAAACUGGGAGAAGGAUAGCGACCGCGCUAGGCAAGACAAUGACCGCCUCCGGGACGACAUGAGGUUACAACGAGAAGAAAUCCUUGAACUCAGGGAACAGCUCAAGGAGGCGAAAGUUGAACUACAGAGGAACGGGCACACAACGCCGGGCCUCCGUCCAAAAUCGGUGCCUGAUAGAUCCCCCUCUCUGCAACUCUUGGACGGUCCACCAGCUCAAGUGACUCCCAAGGUCGAAACUUUGGAGCCUCAAGCGUGCAUCCAGGCUGCCCCAGCUGCUCAAGCUGGCCGCGCUCUCAAAAGGGCUCCAGAAUCAGAGGAUCCUCGACCUCUAUCGUCGUCGAAGCGGAUCAAGACGGAGCAACCUCAGCCUUCACUCAGUCUACCUCCUUCACCUCUCACUCCGCUUUCGUCCCUUUCUCCUAUCCCCGAGUCCACCCUUUCGACGGCUCCACAAGGGCCUACCGCCCAAACUGCCACUCCACCUGUCACGCCGAAAGGUGAAGACGAUGCGGGCGACACUGUUGAUACUUCCGAUGCAACGAAUGGCGUGCAAGGCCAACCUGAUGUCAAGGUCAAAGAAGAAGCGAUUAGACUCUCGUCCAGCGCCAUUCAAGCCUACCUCGCAGGCGGGAGGCGUCUAGAAAUCUCGCCAAGACCAGAUAAAAUUUCCGUCUCUCGCAAAUUUGUUCGACUGGCGUACGGUGGAAGUGAUCAGCAGUUCGUCCAGAAGAUCCCUGCUGAGAAGAAUCCUUCAGCCGCAAAGAUUCGACGGCUGGUUUGGCCCAAGAUAGAGAUGAACCCAUCCAUGCCUCGACAACCUGGGGACCUUGGUCUCCUAUUCGCGUCUCGACACGACGUGUUACACGACGGGCCUUGGACUGUCUUCUGUCGCGACACGGCGAGCAAGGAAACCUUAUGGUGCUAUCUGGGAGAAUACGAGAGUGUCUUGGUCGGUAAAAUGACUGCCGAACAGUUUCGGGAACAGAAGGCUCCCGUGAAAGCGCAAUGGGGCUCGCUGCUGCUGUCACAGCGCCAACAGGAGGUGUAUGUCGCCAUGAGGGCGCGCAUUGCGCUUCGUAGGGCUGGCCUAAUACCGACCGACAGCAAGAACGAAGACAAGAAACUCAUCGCCACCGAGAUUCAGAACGUGAGAGAGAACAGAGGACACCCGGUCGAAGCAGAAGAUAUUAUCCAAGCAUUUGAACGUGGCGAUGAGGGAAUUGACAUCAUCCGCAUGGAUUGCGUUGCGUAUGACCGUGUCUUUGCAAAUGACCUCCGAACCAAGUUUCGCAAUUACCCGCAAAUGCUGGCGACGGGCGCGCAGAAGAAAGGAGGGAGUUCCAAGGCUAUCAGGGGGAGGGGUAAGCCAAACAGGGGCCGUGGAAGUCCUAUUCGACAAAGGCCAUCCCCUUCGAAUCCUUCGAUCGUGCGUGGACGUAGUGCUCUACCGGAGAUGACGGCAGUGCAGUCUGCCCCGGAAACACGGUCACCACGACCUCCACGAGUACAAUCACCCGGCUCCACUUCUUCACGGCGUUCGAACCUUCCCUCGGCACACAGCUCAUCGACUUCGUCGAGGCCACGACGGAACCGCAGUGUUUGGGACCACGAACGAGGGGAGAGAGUGAGGGUAGCUUCGGCGGCCCCACCGGACACCCGAGAAAACGAAGACCUCGACCCACCCUCGGAAUCGGAAUCAAUGGCAUCCUUCUACAUGGAUAGCGAUACUGGGUAA